GGGCCCGGCACUGAAAGAGCUUCGGAGAAAGGAAAAAUUGGAAACGGCAAAGGCAGACCGUAGCAGAUUCUGUCAAUUUGUUCUCCUUGAAAAGGUCUUUUUGAGAAGAGCAAUAAAGGGUCACUCUGAAGUAUCUAAGAAAGUAAAAGCAAGCCAUUCAUAUUUAUUACACUACUCCGAAAAAGGCGGUAUAAGUUGUGCAUACUGGUCUAAAAAGGAGCUCACCAGCGCGAUUGGUAGAACAGAGCCUACAGUCUUUUUGAAUAGGCUGAUGAAAUCCCUCAUUAUUUACGGAACGUAAUACACACAAGAUAAGAGAGGCUAUGUAUACUCGACAACGAAUACGAGCAAGAAGCUGCAAGAUUGACGUAGGUACUUAGAAAUCUCAUGCACUUAGGUAGCCCCUCUACCUCACGAAUAGGCACAUCAAUCAUCUAGGAGUAAGUAGUUCUUGCUAGUUGUUGCGUGUCUUCUACAACAGUUUUCCUGUCGUUCUACUGCUUUCACUUAAAACUUCUCAAGAUUGCUUUUUACUCUUCUCAAAAGCACCAGGGAAGUAGAUAGAGCAUCCUCUUGAUUGGAGAUCGAUUGGCCGAAUAGGUACUACUAGAUGAACAAGAACGCGGAUGAAUAUAAAAGCUACCAAAUUAGAUCUGAGAACUUGCGUGACAGAAUUUAGAAGAAAGAGCUUACUCGUAUUCUGCGAUUGACAGCUGUUGGUCCUAAGAAAACUUCCUGUGACUCCUCAAGAAGAGUCCGGCUCUGUUUUCAGAGGAUCUUAAAGUCAGUCAAUCUAGGAGCGAAAACUUAAAAGAACAAACUUAGAACUAUAUAUACUACGGGUACGGACUAAUAGAAUCUAUAGAAGUUGUAGACGGACGCUUCUAAAGAACUAAAAACUUA